GUAGAACAGUGGGACUGAGUUACAGGUGGAUAACGGAGCAGAGACACCGCCCAGAUCUCAGAGUAGAACUGCCACCCGGGGGGCAGGGAGAGAGGAACUCGGACUCACCUGAGGGGCAGAACCGAUACCAGGACCUACAGAGAUUCUGACCCAGUAACACAAUGUCUCCCUCAGUCCCAGCCCUGUGCCUCGUACUCUGCGCAGCCUUCGCCUUGGGUGCUACCAACGAUCCUACUGCAGCUACAUCUGAUACUACUACUACCCAUACUGCCAACAGCACUACAAUUUCUGCUACUGUUACCUCCCUUACUACUAACAGUACUGCAUAUCCAGAUACUACUCAUACUACCAAUAGUACUGCAACUCCUGAUACUGCUACCACUCAUACUACCAAUAGUACUGCAACUCCUGAUACUGCUACCACCCAAACUACCAAUAGUACUGCAACUCCUGAUACUGCUACUACCCAUACUACCAAUAGUACUGCAACUCCUGAUACUGCUACCACCCAUACUACCAAUAGUACUGCAACUCCUGAUACUGCUACCACCCAUACUACCAAUAGUACUGCAACUCCUGAUACUGCUACCACCCAUACUACCAACAGUACUGCAACUCCUGAUACUGCUACCACCCAUACUACCAAUAGUACUGCAACUCCUGAUACUGCUACUACUCAUACUACCAAUAGUACUGCAACUCCUGAUACUGCUACCACCCAUACUACCAAUAGUACUGCAAUGCCUGAUACUGCUACCACCCAUACUACCAAUAGUACUGCAACUCCUGAUACUGCUACCAUCCAUACUACCAAUAGUACUGCAACUCCUGAUACUGCUACCAUCCAUACUACCAAUAGUACUGCAACUCCUGAUACUGCUACCACCCAUACUACCAAUAGUACUGCAACUCCUGAUACUGCUACUACCAAUACUACCAAUAGUACUGCAACUCCUGAUACUGCUACCACCCAUACUACCAAUAGUACUGCAACUCCUGAUACUGCUACUACCAAUACUACCAAUAGUACUGCAACUCCUGAUACUGCUACCACCCAUACUACCAACAGUACUGCAACUCCUGAUACUGCUACAACCCAUACUACCAACAGUACUGCAACUCCUGAUACUGCUACCACCCAUACUACCAAUAGUACUGCAACUCCUGAUACUGCUACCACCCAUACUACCAAUAGUACUGCAACUCCUGAUACUGCUACCACUCAUACUACCAAUAGUACUGCAACUCCUGAUACUGCUACCACCCAUACUACCAAUAGUACUGCAACUCCUGAUACCGCUACCACCCAUACUACCAAUAGUACUGCAACUCCUGAUACUGCUACCAUCCAUACUACUAAUAGUACUGCAUCUCCUGAUACUGCUACCAUCCAUACUACCAAUAGUACUGCAACUCCUGAUACUGCUACCACCCAUACUACCAAUAGUACUGCAUCUCCUGAUACUGCUACCAUCCAUACUACUAAUAGUACUGUAUCUCCCGAUACUGCCCAUACUACCAAUAGUACUACAAGCUCUGAUACAGCUACUUCCCACCCUACAAUCAGUAGUACAUCUCCCAACACUGAUACCAGCUCUACAAUCAAGAGUAGUGCAACCAGCACAGCGCCAGUACAGAACACAACUGCCCCAACCGUUAACAUCUACGUGAACAUGAGGUUCCUCCUAGAUUACAGCAGCACGUAUGCAGAUUCCAACUCUGAGGAUUUCAAGUCUCUGGAGAAGAAAGUUUUGAGCUUUUACGAUGAAACGUUCAACUGCUCCAGUUGUCCAACGAGAAAUAUCUACCAAGGGGCUAAAGUCCUUACGUUCCAACCCGGCUCGGUCAUCGCCAACACCAGGGUGUCCUUCAGCGGCCCAGAAACUCCCAAUAAUGUCCAGAGUUCAAUAGAUGCAAAAUUAGCUCAAAGCAACAACCAGAUUCAAGGGGUCCCAGUAUCAGCAGUGCAAACAAGUGCGUCCCCUAUAGUCAGUACGACCGCAGGUCCCCUCGUGCCGGGGUGGGGGAUCGCUCUGCUCGUUCUCGUGUCCGUCAUGCUGCUGAUUGGCUUCAUCUUCAUAAUAGUCAUGAUAACCAACCUAUGUCGCCGUAACAGCAAUGGUUUCAUGGACGUGUUUUCCACGAGGGGCUCAUACCACAACAUGAACGACUAUACGUCUUACCAAACACACGGCCGCUACAUUGCACCCAAUAAAUAUAAUACAUAUAAUGAGGCUGGCAACGGGACAAAGAACAAGUUCUCCUACACCAACCCGACUCUGGAAACCAAUGACUUGUAAGGUGGAAGCGGGGGGUGUGCGCUCCCCGGGGGGGCUCCAAGCUGCUCCUCAACCUUCCCUGGAACCGACUCGGUGCCGGAGCCGACGCUUGAUACCGUUUAUUCCCUCUGUGGGCACAACCGCCACGUUCCUUCUCCCAGUGGGUCGGGUGUUGGGACUUCUGCUCUUCAAGCUUUUCUGCACCUUCACCUUCGUAUGGCUCAAACAUCCCCCCACCCUGAGGACUUUGAAUUCUGACUUUAUUGCCACGGACGAGCUUAUGGGACCGGUGGAAGCCGCCAUCUUGUCAAUGCCUAAACUUUCUUGUUCCGGUAAUACCUUUCUAUUCAUGGUUCAUGAGUCCAUCUGUAGAACAGAGAGCCACAUGGGCCGGGACUCCCUAUAGAAGAUACUCACAAGCCCAGGACGUUUGGACUUUCCCAAUCCGUCAGCACCGAUAUGAAAAGUGCAAACGGUUCCGGCUGGCCUGAAACCCGGGUCACCAAGCCGUUUAAUAAAUGGCAGGCUGCAGGCCUUGCGCCUCACUGGUCACGAGGAAUGAAUAGCCGGCCCGGCCUCCCCAGCCCUGAAUGGACUCGCUGCAGAACUCAUUGUUCCGCUUGGUUUCCCUGCUUUGCAUUUGCUCCACAUUUGGGGAGUCUGUUCUGUGUUCCCUAGUGACCCGGGCACGGCGGGUAUAGGGGUAUGAGCGCUUCAUUGCACCCUUUACACUGGGGCCAAUCAGUAUGUGCCGGGGGCAGGAGCUGGAGAAUCCCAUUCGCUUCCUAGAAUGGGAGAAUGAUGGUUCCUUGCACCCAAGCUUUGUAUAUAAGGCUUUCUAUGCAGGACAGAGCGAUAGGGGGGAGAGGAGCCCAGUAGCCAAAUGUGCCAAAGUCAGUCAUGUUAAGCUUUGCCUUGUUUGACUCACAGCCACUAUACGUCUUAUUCUCCUGUAGCCAUUUAUAUACACAUCUCUGUAUACUCUGCCAGCGUCGGACUGGGGCCCCAGGGGCCCACCAACCUUACCCCACAGGCCACUCUCCAAACUAUUUCCCUCCUUUCCUCACCCAACCUCUGUAUUCUCCCAGUCUCUUUUAUUUCCAUGUAAAGGUCCCCAUACAUGGGCCGAUAGUAGCUGCUGAUAUGGGUCCCUUGG